AUGUCCUUGGCUGCCAUAACCACUCCCUUCUCAGAGCUGCCCGGCGCGGCAGACAUAGCUCCCUCUUCUCAUGCUGCUGAUCUUGCUUCUACUUCCGCUUUUGCUGAUGCCUCUAUGCUUGCUGUACCGUCUAUGCCAGGGCCCCCCGAAGUAGGGGUUACGAUUCGCGGAGAAAGCCUGACCGAGGCGACUCGGACCAUCCCCUCGAAUGUCAAUCCAUUAUCUUCUAUGAUGUGUCCUAGUUUUCCAGUACCAUCAGAUCCCACUCCUCCCUCGUCGAAUAGUGAUUCUUCUGCUAUGCUACCCCCGCCACUUCCCUUGACCCUUCCUCAAGCCCUGGAUCGUCCUCUCUCACCUGCAGCGUCCUCUAACACUCAGAGUGUUGCCCCGGAUCGACUGAUGGCGUCCUUACGGGAACUACCGGAAUUAUACAGCCUCUCAUCUGCAGACCUGCAUGCGUUAGUUGGGCAGGUCAUCAGGGAAGAGGGUUUCUUGCAGCUGCUCGAAAGUUUAGACCGUAUGUGGAGAGAGAAAGGGUUUCUGAGCCAAUUGUAG